CCUUUUCAGUGACGACCAAUCAAGUUCAAGCUUUAGGAGGCCCCUCCAGGAUAGGGAUCCCAGAAGUAUCCUAACCCUGUUCAAGUAUUUGAAGGCAGUGGCUUUCCUGUGGUUUGGUUGGUGAUGAAAACAGCACGAGGCAGUAGCAUGCCAAAUAUCUCUGAUUUCCCUGAAGAUCCCAGAUCAAAUCUCGGCAUGCCACUCUCCUCAUCAGCUGCCACCUCUUACCAGCAGGGCUGCAUCCGGAUGACCCUGGAGAACUCGGAGCUCUGGAAGUCUUUUCACGCCAUCGGAACAGAGAUGAUAAUAACCAAACACGGAAGGAGAAUGUUUCCACACUGCAGCAUAAGCCUAGCUGGGCUUCAACCUUAUGCAAACUAUGUCAUCAUGGUGGACAUAGUCCCGGCAGACAGCUUCAAAUACAAGUGGAAGAAGGAGCAGUGGGAGGUCGCAGGGAAGUCUGAGCCCCAGCCCCCGUGUCGGACAUACAUUCACCCCGACUCCCCCGCCGUUGGAAGUCACUGGAUGAAGCAGUCGUUGUCCUUCCUCAAGAUGAAGCUCACCAACAACACCUUGGAUCAGCAUGGCCAUAUGAUCCUUCACUCCAUGCAUCGCUACUACCCACGCUUUCACGUGAUACAGGCAGACAGUCCACACACCGUGUGUUGGGGUUCCUUCCAGACCUUCUCGUUCCCAGAGACGGUCUUCACAGCUGUUACGGCUUACCAAAACCCAAAGAUUACCAGACUGAAGAUUGACCAUAAUCCAUUUGCAAAAGGAUUUAGGGAAGGAGGGACCCACACUCAAAGUAAAAGGUGUCGUUCAAACAAAGGUUCCCCUGCAAAAGAGUCCACAGAAGACAGGAAAAGCCUUUGUAACAGUGCAGCAGGCCUGCAGAGGAUGCCCUCCACCUCUCAGUCAGCCCAGGCCGGGAAGAAGCAGGCCUCCACGCAGCAAUCACUGAAGGCGGGUCACCUUUCCCCGUGGUCCCUGGAGCCGGACUUGUCAGACAGCAUGCACACUGAGGCCCUGGAGCUGCAGGAGUACGACAACAGCUGCGAGGAGCAGAUGGUUCCUGCAUCCAUGGCAUACCAGCCUUACAGAUUCCCAUUACCUCCUGGUAACCGAGACCCAACAGAGGCCCUCUUCCACGCUCCUCCUCACCCACUGUCCACAGUGGAGCCCGGUACCCAGCAACAGGAAUACCGCUACAGUCACCAACAGGGCCACCACAGAAACCCAGCAGACUGGAGCCAGUACCCACUUUUCUCCUACUCCCGCUGGUGAACCUUGAUACCAUUCAGUGAUGUCCUGGUCAGAAGAGGGGCCUUAGCUAUAUUUUGACUAAAUAAAGUUGAGCAAACAUUGAAAAUACUUGGCUUUUUCUGCCAGUUUAGGAAUGCUGGGACAUUCUCUCUCUCCAUGUUCCUGUACACUGCCUGCAAAAAGUUUUUUGGUUUUUUUUAACAUGCUAUUAGGCUGUAGCCUAUUUGUACUCACUUUGAAUUACACACAUGUGAAGUAUUUAUAUAAAUAGGUGACUGCUGAAGGCUACACUGUAUUUUAUUUUGUGGUAUCACAGCAAAACUGAAUUACCUCCACGUGUUUCAGAUUCAGAGUGUUUAUUCGUUAAGGAUUUUGAAACAAUGGACCCAUUUCUGGCCACUUCACAAUUUUGAUAUUCUUCCCUGAUGAUCCGCCACAUAAAAUCCAAUAACGUUUGGGGUUGUAUUGUGGCAAAAAGUUUAAAGGCUAUGAAGACGAGGCACUGCAUUCGAGAGGCAACCUUUAGUUUUCAGAAUCAGAAUCAGAAAUACUUUAAUAAUCCCAGAGGGAAAUUUACAUGAUUUCUGCUGAUAUUUAGGGUUUAACAGCUAUACAGAAGCAUAUGUCGCUAGGCUGAUAGAUGAUAACGUAAAAUAAGGGGGUGUGGGGAAAAGGUCACCCAAGAAGUUUAAAUGGCAGCUAACCUGUGGUUACACUGCAAUAAUUUUGUUGGUAACAACCUGGGAUCAAUUUGUCCAUUUGGACCCUCAUUUGGUACCUACGUGUUGCAUGUUUGUCCCUUACUGCUUGCCUUUUUUUUUUACCCAUAAAUGAAGCAAUUGGCGCCCCUCUACUUGAACUAUUGCAUUUUUGUUUGCAGCUAAAUGUUUUAGUCAAUUCAUGCAAAUAAAGUCACGAGGAUUGGAAAUGUCACGUUUAAUUAAACUGUGAAUUUGUUUGGGAAAAUGUUUAAAACUUCACCUUAUGACCAUUUCCUUUGUCCCUUAUCCCCAUUCGAGCAAGUCGACUUUUCAAACAUCACGAGUUCCCAUCAAAACUGGAAAGAAAAUGAUUAACCUGUUGCUUUUAAAUACUAUUUACUGAAGACAUAUCACCAUAUUUCCAUACAGUAGGUUAUUAAUAGAUUAUAGCCAAAUGCAGUAGAUUUUUCAGAGCGCACAUUUCCAGGGUCUAAAGUAUAAGCCAUUAUACUGAUAGGCAAAUUAAAUGUGCUGAUUUGUAUCAGUCUUGCACAACUGUCAUGUUGGACAGCUCUGUACCGCGGCUUCAAAACAGUAAAACCAGGAAGUGCCCAUUAAACAU